AUGCGCAGUUUGGCUUUGGCACGUGCUGCUCGCUUGGAAAAGCUGAAUCGUCGCUCAGCUGCUAAUGAAGUCCAAAUGGAUGAGCCAGGACCUCAACGAAAUGAUGACGUCGUUGUCAUUGCGCCAAUCAAUCAGGCAAAUCAUGGUGGAGCUGUCAGAGGAGUUGCUGAGGAGGUCCAAGCUCAAAAUCAAGAAACUAUUGCAGCUCGUGACACAACACAACUAAAUGAUGUUAAACGUGAGGAGCAGCAAGAGGUUGUUUAUAAUCCAAACAAUGAUGAUGGCGUGGAACAACCAGCUGCUGGCAAUCAAGUCAUAUUGCAACCACCGGAACAGAAUGCUGGAAUUGAGCAGAACGUAAAGAAUGAAGAUGAGGAGUCGGAUCCGAGAGACACAAUGCCUGGCAGAAUCCAAACGACACCCGAGAACAUCAUCACAUUCAAUGUACCAUUUGAAAUAAGCCAAACGCACAUCAUGAAAAUUCAAAAUCUGUCAGAUCGGCGCAUGGCAUUCAAAAUGAUGUCUAAUUGCCCAGAUCGCCUUGAAUUUAAUCCUCUUUUUGGAACUGUGAAGCAAGGAGAGUUCACCUAUGUCACGAUUAAAACAAAGCCAUUUCAAUUCCAUCACAACUUUGGUGAUCGUAUUUUUGUCACGUGGAUAAAUGCUCCUUGUAAUAAAGAUAUUAGAGAGGAUUGGUUUAUGGAAAGAGGAACGAGAAGUCAGAAGAUUAUGGUUGUUGAGUAUCUUUCGUAA